AUGAAAGCUUAUCUAGCAAGCGAAGAGGCUCAUUUUUCUGCUAUAUUGCAUGAUAUUGAUAAGUUCGAAGAAAACAAUCCAUCUAAUUCAAUAAAUGUUUUCUAUCUAGCACCAUCCAAAAAUGACAAAGAGCAAGCAACUAGAAAGAUAGAUCCACUUCGCAUAUCAGAAUAUAACUAUCAAAGAAAACAUAUAGUGAAUUUAAUAUUAUUUACCAAAGGGGAGGAAGAUUUGAGGAAUCACCAAAAUAUUAAUGAAAUCUCUCUAGGAUUAAACACACACUAUUGUCUUAUCAAUAGCAAAAAUGGUUGA